CUGGGCCGUGGUUACGCUAAUAUGAAACCAAGUGAUGAAACUCUGUAGCUGCGCCAGAAGUAGGGGAGCGUGGUAAUUAGUCGUCUGUGUUCUUACUGGCGUGUAAACUCUGAUGACUUGCAUGUGUUAAAAUGAGCAACAUAUACAUACAAGAACCGCCAACAAGCGGAAAGGUUUUGCUGGUGACAUCUGUUGGCGACAUCGAAGUUGAGCUGUGGUCCAAGGAGGCACCACGUGCGUGCCGCAACUUCGUGCAGCUCUGUCUUGAAGGCUACUACGAUGGCACCAUCUUCCACCGCAUAGUCAAGGGCUUUAUUGUGCAGGGAGGUGACCCCACAGGCACUGGGAAUGGUGGGGAGUCCAUUUACGGUGCGCCCUUCAAGGAUGAGUUCCACUCACGGCUGCGCUUUGUCCGUCGUGGCCUGGUGGCCAUGGCAUCGGGUGGUGCUGACGACAAUGGCAGCCAGUUCUUCUUCACCCUUGGCUCCUGCCCUGACCUGCAGAACAAGCACACCAUUUUUGGAAAAGUGGUUGGGGAAACACUGUACAACAUGCUGCGCCUUGAGGAAAGCCUAGUGGAUGCAGAAGACCGGCCGCUACAUCCGCACCGGGUUAUCGCCACACAGGUUCUAGUGAACCCAUUUGAUGACAUCAUUCCCCGCAAGGCUCUGCAGGACACAGCUGAGGAGCAGCUGGCACCUGCUGUUUCCACUGCUGCUGCAACCAGGAACUACAAGCUGCUUUCCUUUGGUGAUGAGGCUGAGGAGGAGGAGGAAGAGCUUAUGGCUGUCGUCUCCAAGGAUAACAAAGGGCGCAGCAAGAGCAGCCAUGACCUGACAGAUGAUGCUAGCUUGAGCUCAGUGCCUGCGGUAGGCGAGUUCAAGCGGCCUGUCGAGCCUGAAAGUGCAGUUGACUUGGUACGGCAGCGGAUGCGCCAGGCUGCUCUUGCAUCUACCUCAUCUGUGGCAGAGCAAAACUACUUCGAGGAGGAACGCCAGAAGGCCUCUGCACAGCGCAUUGGAGAGAUCCGCAAAGAGUUCAGAGAGCUGAGGCGCCAAAUGCGGUCCAAGGAACAAGCCAAGCUGCAGCUAGACCAACAGUCAUCUGUGUGUGAUGCAAAGGAGGAUGAGGGGGAUGAUCCAACAAACCAGCUGAUGCGUGCCUACCGACAGGAGCAGCGUGUGUACACAGAGAAGAAGCAGAAUGUGCUCCCUAAGGGGGCUCAGAGGGAGCAGAAGACACUGGAGGCCCUUGCCCAGUUCCAAACCCAGAUGGCCGAGCACCUGUCAGUGAAAGAUGACACCCACCGCAGAGUAAACGAUGAAGACAGUCCAGAUGACAUGUCAGACCGAUGGCUGUCACACAAACUUCAUUUCGCUGAGCAAGGCCCUGUACUGGCAAGAGACGCAAGCGUGAUGGAUGCCGAGGAGGCGUACAGCAUUGACGACCCGCGUAAUGCCAUGAAUGAGAGGCGCCGCAAGCGAACACAUCAACACAGCGGUGAUAGGCGCCACAAGCGACACAGGUAGCAGGUGCUGUCGGACCAAAGACUCAUCUUUGAAUGCAACAUCUUUACAAUGUUUCAAUUUGGCCUAAAGACAAAUGUUCGAUGCACCUGGUAUUCAGGAUGUGUGAAGAAAAUGAUCAAUACCCCACCUUAUAAAGCCGUUCUUACUUUUGUGGUGCCUUGCAGUGAUGCCUGUUGUGAAGUGUUGUAUGCUGCUGCCAGUGUUUUGCCACCUCAGGAGAUAGCAUGGUUUUGCUGUGUUCUUCUUAGCCAAGCAUGGCUGGUGGUCUAUUUCCUUUUUUGGCUUGUUUCCAGAAUUCUGUGUUUUAAUUAUCAGUGGCAACCAUUGAAGUGAACCACAUUGCAGCAACGCAUAAUGUUUUCUCACUAUGUAUAAGGUAGCAAGACAACUGUUGUGUUGGUCGCAUCAUGGCUUGUAAAUGAAUGGUUUCUGCACUACCCACAUCAUCGAAAUUGGCUGGAAAGCCACAUGCUCUUUGUCUGUGCUUGUUGUUCACAACAAAAUAAAUUGUCUUUUUUGUUCAAUAACAAAAUAUUGUACACAAGGA